AUGGACCCCCAACACGUGGCUGGACAGCGUCGCACCGCCGGAGCCCACGUCCCUAGAAUUGCUCCAGCCGAAGCUAGGGGAGACGCAGUGGCUGCCAUUGACCCUACUGACAAGGAGAAGCUUCGCCGGGCAAGGAAGCGCGCGACGGACAGGCAGUCGCAGCGUGACCACCGCGAGCGACAGCGGAUCUACAUCCGGCAACUGGAGGAAACUGUUCAAUCAUACAAGGACGCCUUCUCCGGAGAUGGUUGCAAUGAUGUAGGCGCCCUCCUCAAGGAGCAGGAGAGGCUACGGACCAAGUGUAAGAGUCUGGAAGAGACCUUGUCGCGUAUCGGCAAAAUGGCAAGCUCGUUGCAGGACAGUGACCAUGUCUAUCGCAGCGAACAAGAUGCCCGGGGCAGUUCUACGAUCAACCCCGCGCAAAUCAACGCACCAACCUCUCAGUCCCCUGCAGCAGGCGCGGAUUACCACGCUCCCGGUCAGUUACAUGAACCGCAGAGCGGCAACGAUCAGGAAUUGCCUGCAAGCUCUGAUGCCGGUCGGCCGGUCUCGGAUAUCUGCAAGCUGCCUGCUCACGGGAUGGACUAUUUUGGCCUGUGCUGCGACGAUGCGGCAGCAUUGGACACGACAAUGCCACUUGUCCACCAAGUGGACACAGCCGAGGUGCUCAAUCUCAAUGCUGGCGAUGCAGCGGUCCAGCUCACCGAUGGACCAGCGACAAGUCUGCCCAUCGUGCCGGCCUCCGACCUUUCCAUGGGAAGCCCCCUCGGGUUUGAGCCUGCUAUCUCAGCCGACUUGGGCUGGGUCCCGCCCACACACCCUAGCCCACCCAAAAUGUCCCAAGGCACGGGCAGGUGGGACGAGAUUCUCUUGAGCAUGGUCGAUGAAGCACGGCUGCAGCACGUCCGUGGUCAAUUCAACGCCGACGAACCGUCCCUGCAAAGCCUGCUGUCAGACAAGUCCCGGGACGUGCUUGCCUACCGGCUUUUCCAUCAUAUCUGUUCGGAUCGGUCCAUACCACUGCAUCUUAUGCUAUCCAUAUUUUGGGUCCAGUACCUCUUGUUAAGGUGGUAUGUUCUGGGAACCGAAGCCGAUUUCCUUCGCAUCCCAGAGUUCAUGAGGCCCACGGAUCUGGAGAGGCGAAUUCAGCACCGUUUUUGUAUUGGGAUGUUAGUAUGGCCCGACCUGCGCCGCGCAUUGAUCCGUGAUUCGCACACUACCGACCCUGAGCGCAUCGGCAUCGAGGCCCUGGAACAUAUGAGCAGGACAAGUUGUACGUGGUCACCAACCGUGCAGGGCUGUAGCGAUCUCAUUGGCAGCACGGAUGUACUUUCCAUUAUUGAGCGGCAGUCGCAGCGGAUGGAGAUGUGGAAAGUCGACUGCCGGUUCAAGGAAAAAUACCUCCAAUUCGCAGAUUGCUGGCUGGGGUAG